GGCCCGGAAGCGUAGCGGCAGCUUGGCGCAGACCCUCCCCCGGCGUCCCGGCACCGCCCUGUCCCAGGCUCCUUUGCGGGUAAACAGACAUGGCCGACGAGGGAGAUCACCCGGACGCUGCGCACAACAUGGGCAACCACCUGCCGCUGCUGCCUGCAGAGAGUGAAGAUGAGGAAGAUGAAAUUGAAAUGGAAGUAGAAGACCAGGAUAGUAAAGAAGCCAGGAAACCAAAUAUCAUCAACUUUGACACCAGUCUGCCAACGUCGCAUACAUACCUAGGAGCUGAUAUGGAAGAGUUUCAUGGUAGGACUUUGCAUGAUGAUGACAGCUGCCAAGUAAUUCCAGUCCUUCCUCAAGUGAUGAUGAUCCUAAUUCCUGGGCAGACGUUACCACUGCAGCUUUCUCACCCGCAAGAAGUCAGCAUGGUGCGAAAUUUAAUUCAGAAAGACAGAACCUUUGCGGUUCUUGCGUACAGUAAUAUGCAAGAAAGGGAAGCCCAGUUCGGAACAACAGCAGAGAUCUAUGCUUAUCGAGAAGAGCAGGAGUUUGGAAUUGAAGUAGUGAAAGUGAAAGCAAUUGGACGGCAGAGGUUCAAGGUCCUUGAACUUAGAACACAGUCAGAUGGAAUCCAGCAAGCUAAAGUGCAAAUUUUGCCAGAGUGUGUGUUGCCGUCAACCAUGUCUGCAGUUCAGUUAGAAUCACUCAAUAAGUGCCAGAUAUUCCCUUCAAAACCUGUCUCUUGGGAAGACCAGUAUUCAUGUAAAUGGUGGCAGAAAUACCAGAAGAGAAAGUUUCACUGUGCAAAUCUUACUUCCUGGCCUCGGUGGCUGUAUUCAUUAUAUGAUGCUGAAACAUUAAUGGAUAGAAUUAAGAAACAGCUACGUGAAUGGGAUGAAAAUCUCAAAGAUGAUUCUCUUCCUGCGAAUCCAAUAGACUUUUCUUACAGAGUAGCUGCUUGUCUUCCUAUUGAUGAUGUGUUGAGAAUUCAGCUCCUUAAAAUUGGUAGUGCUAUUCAACGACUUCGCUGUGAAUUAGAUAUCAUGAAUAAAUGUACUUCCCUUUGCUGUAAACAAUGUCAAGAAACAGAAAUAACAACCAAGAAUGAAAUAUUUAGUUUGUCCUUAUGUGGUCCAAUGGCAGCAUAUGUGAAUCCUCAUGGAUAUGUACAUGAGACACUGACAGUGUAUAAAGCUUCCAACCUGAAUCUGAUAGGUCGACCUUCUACAGUACACAGCUGGUUUCCUGGGUAUGCAUGGACCAUUGCCCAGUGUAAGAUUUGUGCAAGCCAUAUUGGAUGGAAGUUUACAGCCACCAAAAAAGAUAUGUCACCUCAAAAAUUUUGGGGCUUAACUCGCUCUGCUCUGUUACCCACAAUUCCAGAAACUGAAGAUGAAAUAAGUCCAGACAAAGUAAUACUUUGUUUGUAAGUGCACUGUAAGGAUAACUCUCUAACAGAUUGUUUUCUCAAGUCAGAUCUGCCCCAGACAUCACCGCCUCUGAUGUAUGUGUAUAGCGGUUACAGCAUUUGACUACCAAGUUCAAGAGCACACUUGCUCAGAGGAUGAGAAAGCAGUGUAAAACACAAGGUUGGAUUCAGAAGUACCCGCUUCGGUAGCUUGGUGCCAUUAAUUAUCCUGUUGAAUAUGUGGCAUUGACAGGAUAAGAAAACACCAUUUGCAAUGAUGAGGAAGGCUAGGGAACAGGAUAGGGCACCACUGCUCUAAAUGAUGAAAUGUUCCAGGAGCUAGGUUGGCAAGCACAAGAGAGAGGCAAAGCAAUGUAUAUUACUUUGAAAGAAACAAAGUCCUUUUAAUUUUCUUUAGCUUGUCUGAGAUACUGAUUUGUAAAUUUUGAAAAUAUUAAAGAGUAAAAUAAGCAGUUUGAACAGAAAAAAUA